ACCCAUAUCUCUCUCUCUCUCUCUCUCUCACUCGCUUUCGACCCAGCCCACCGAUUGAGGGUAGGAGAAGUUCCCUUUCCGUGUCUGUACUCGCGCUUAUUCACUCGCCGGCCGGGGUCUCGGGAGACAUGUAACGAUCUAUCAUCAGAAUUCCUCCUGAUCUCCCUAGUGCUUUGGUUUAACUGGUAUUGCCGAUUUUGAAUUCGAUCCCUUUGGAGUCCAAGAUCUUAUUGUUUUCAUUGCUUGGUGCUUCCGAGUCCGGCAUUGGUGAAGAUCGAAGCUUUUUGUUGGGUAAUGCGCGUAGAGAUCAGUGUUCUUUUCCGGGGGCUGGAAAUCGUGCUACUUGUGGUAAGAUUCGGGUUUUGGUUUUCAUUCUCCGUUUCCGCUUCCUUAUCAUGAGCUGAUACAACUGAAUGACAACAAAUUGCUUUGCAUGGGGGGAAGAGGAGCGAGAUGUGCAGGAUAGAGAGGAAGAGCGGUGAAUAUAAGGAGGGGGAGGAGAAGAGAGAGAGGAGAAUAGAGAUGGGUUUGAAGGCAAUGGGUGGUGGGGGAGAGGCUAGGAUUGAUAAGCUGAAGAGCUCGAUGUCGAGGUCGAGAAUGAAGCUAUGGAUGAUACGCGCUACGACUUCGGUUUUGCUCUGGACCUGCGUCGUACAGUUGACGGCAUUGGGGGAUAUGUGGGGGCCUAGGGUUUUGAAGGGCUGGCCCUCUUGUUUCUCCCAGGAGUCCUCCGUUAACAACGCUGUCAGCGUGCCCCUUGUUCCGACCCUUGUUCUUCCGCCCAAAAGGGUUUAUAAGAACAACGGUUACCUUAUGGUCUCAUGCAAUGGAGGACUCAACCAAAUGAGAGCAGCGAUCUGUGACAUGGUUGCUAUUGCAAGAUAUUUAAAUGUCACACUUAUAGUCCCUGAACUGGAUAAAACAUCCUUUUGGGCUGAUCCCAGUGAAUUCCAAGACAUAUUUGAUGUGGAUCAUUUCAUUACUUCCUUGAGAGAUGAGGUUCGAGUAUUGAAAGAAUUGCCUCCCAGGCUCAAGAAGAGAGUGGAACUAGGAAGAGUUUAUUCAAUGCCUCCAAUCAGCUGGUCUGACAUAUCUUACUAUCAUGAUCAGAUUCUUCCUCUAAUUCGGAAGUACAAAGUUGUACAUCUAAAUAGAACCGAUGCGCGACUGGCCAAUAAUGGCCAACCUUUGAUGCUCCAGAAGCUGCGCUGCAGAGUAAAUUUUAGUGCUCUGAGAUUCACUUCUCAGAUAGAAGAGUUGGGCAGAAGGGUUAUCAAACUUUUAAGGCAAAAUGGUCCAUUCCUAGUACUUCAUCUUAGGUAUGAAAUGGACAUGUUGGCAUUUUCUGGCUGCACUCAAGGUUGCAACAAUGAGGAGGUGGAGGAGUUGACGAGAAUGAGGUAUGCCUAUCCCUGGUGGAAAGAGAAAAUAAUAAACUCUGAAUUGAAAAGGAAAGAUGGUCUGUGCCCUUUGACACCUGAGGAAACUGCUCUGACACUCAGCGCAUUGGACAUCGAUCCUAAUUUCCAGAUUUAUAUAGCAGCUGGUGAGAUUUAUGGUGGAGAAAGGAGAAUGGCAAGUCUUGCGAGGGCUUAUCCAAAAUUGGUCAGAAAGGAGACACUAUUGGAACCAUCUGACCUUAGGUUUUUCCAAAAUCACUCGUCCCAGAUGGCCGCAUUGGAUUAUCUAGUCUCACUGGAGAGUGAUAUUUUUGUCCCUACAUUUGAUGGAAACAUGGCCAAGGUUGUUGAAGGCCACCGCAGAUUUCUUGCAUUUAAGAAGACAAUUUUAUUGGAUAGAGGAAUGCUGGUAAAUUUGAUAGACCAGUACAAUAUGGGAACACUUAGUUGGGAUGAGUUCUCAUCAGCAGUGAAGGAAACUCAUGCAUAUCGUAUGGGUAACCCAACUAAAAGGUCGGUGAUCCCAGACAGACCCAAAGAAGAGGACUAUUUCUAUGCUAACCCAGAAGAGUGUUUGCCACCGUCAGACGAAUCGUUCAGUAGUAUGGAAGCAUUACGUUAGGAGGUUGUGAUAUUCAUUAGUGUACUUCUACAGUGCUAGCUUUUUCAGCAUAGAUCUUUAGAUAGUUCUCCACGCGGAGGUACAAUGAUAAUGAAGAAACUCGUUCCAAAGAGAAGAUUACAUGGAUUUUAAACUUUAAAGAAAGCCUGGGGAGGAUCUAUGGAAGCAGCUAGAGGACAGCAUUAUCUUUUUUUAUUUGCCAAUAAUUGAUCCAAUUCAUGUAUAGAAGCUACCCUGCCAUUACAGGGUGAAAGCAGGCAGAUUGAUCUGCUGCAUUGUACACUGGAGGGAUGCAAAUAUAGAUUUGGUUUAUGAAAUCUGUGGAUUCAUGGAAGGUUAA